AUGGAUGAGGGCUUGAUUGCUACAAUCAACAAGUUGCAGGAUGCUUUGGCUCCAUUGGGCGGCGGCUCGCAGUCACCAGUCGACUUGCCUCAGAUCACCGUUGUGGGAUCGCAAUCCUCGGGCAAAUCUUCAGUGUUGGAGAACAUUGUAGGGAGAGACUUUCUUCCACGAGGCACGGGUAUUGUCACUAGAAGACCGUUGGUUUUGCAGUUGACCAAUAGAAGAGCCACCCCUAAAAACAAACAAGAGCUACUCGAUAUCGAAGCGAAUGAAGGCGGCGGGCAGAAGGAAGACAACCCUGACGAGUGGGGGGAGUUUUUGCAUCUCCCAGGUAAAAAGUUUUACAACUUUGAAGACAUCAGGACUGAAAUUGUGCGUGAAACGGACGCCAAGACCGGUAAGAACUUGGGUAUCUCGCCCGUGCCCAUCAAUUUGAGAAUCUACUCGCCCCACGUGUUGACAUUGACGUUGGUGGACUUGCCCGGUUUGACAAAAGUGCCCGUUGGAGACCAGCCAAAGGAUAUUGAGAAGCAAAUCAGAGACAUGAUUAUGAAGUUUAUUUCCAAGCCCAACGCCAUCAUCUUGUCGGUAAACGCGGCAAACACGGAUUUGGCCAACUCGGACGGGUUGAAGUUGGCCAGGGAGGUUGACCCUGAGGGCUCGCGUACUAUUGGUGUCUUGACCAAAGUCGACUUGAUGGACCAAGGCACCGACGUUAUUGAUAUCUUGGCUGGAAGGGUGAUUCCGUUGAGAUUUGGCUAUGUGCCAGUCAUCAACAGAGGGCAAAAGGACAUUGAAACGAAAAAGACCAUUCGACAAGCGUUGGCUAAUGAGGCCAAUUUCUUUGAAAACCACCCUUCCUACAGAGCCAAGGCCCAGUUCUGCGGCACGCCCUAUCUUGCCAAGAAAUUGAACGGCAUCUUGCUCCACCACAUCAAGAGCACGUUGCCGGAUAUCAAAAUGAAGAUUGAGCACUCGUUGAAAAAGUACCUGAACGAGUUGAGUUUGUUGGGACCCGAGAUGGCAGAGUCGCCCGCGUCCAUUGCGUUGAGCAUGAUUACAAACUUUACCAAGGACUACACGGGGAUCUUGGAUGGUGAGUCGAAGGAGUUGAGCUCGCAAGAGUUGAGCGGCGGCGCGCGGAUCUCGUUUGUGUUUCAUGAAAUCUACAAAAACGGGAUCAAUGCGUUGGACCCGUUUGACCAGAUCAGAGACGCCGAUAUCAGAACAAUCUUGCACAACACCUCGGGUUCGGCUCCGUCGUUGUUUGUGGGCACUGCUGCGUUUACAGUUUUGGUUAAGCAGCAAAUCAAGAGAAUGGAGGAGCCAUCGAUUCGAUGCAUCAAUUUGAUCUUUGACGAGUUGGUUCGCAUCUUGUCGCAAAUCAUUAACCAACCGCAAUACACUAGAUACCCUGCGUUGAAGGAACAGUUGUCCAACCAUUUCAUCCAGUACCUAAGAGAAGCGUUGGUGCCAACAAAUGAGUUUGUCACUGACUUGAUCAAGUCCGAGGAAACGUAUGUCAACACAGCACACCCUGACUUGUUGACCGGAACCCAAGCUAUGGCGUUUGUAGAGGAGAAGUUCCACCCAAAGCCUCAAGUGCAAGUUGAUCCAAAGACUGGGAAACCGGUGCCACAGCAGCAACAACAACAACAACAACCACAACACCCACAACACCCAGCAAACUCUGCCAGGCCGGAGGAGUCAUCAAAUGGAUUCUUUGGUGGCUUUUUCUCUUCCAAGAACAAAAAGAGAUUGCAGCAGAUGGAGGCCCCGCCACCGGUGUUGAGAGCAACGGGUACAAUGACCGAGAGAGAAACCAUGGAGACAGAAGUGAUCAAAUUGUUGAUCUCAUCGUACUAUAAUAUUGUCAAGAGAACAGUCGCUGACAUCGUCCCCAAGGCGAUCAUGUUGAAAUUGAUCAACAAGUCCAAGGACGAGAUCCAGAAGGAGUUGUUGGAGAAAAUGUACAGCAACCCUGAGUUGCCCGACUUGGUCAAGGAGAAUGAACUCACUGUGCAGAAGAGAAAAGAGUGUAUUAGAAUGGUUGAGGUGUUGCGAAAUGCAAGCGAAAUCGUGGCAAGUGUUUAG